AUGGCCGUCGCUCGAGCGGUCCUGGUUCUGUUGGCAUCGACUGCACAAGCGUGGAUGCCCGAUGCAAAUGCUCGGAUCCAUGUUAAAUACGGGGAUGAAACUUCAGAACAGUUCGUGGGUAAUUCAACUGCACCAGACCACUUUCGAGUAUUAGACAAAGAUGAUUUCUCAAUAAUUGUGGGAGGCAGAAAUGCAGUAUACAAUCUAAGCCUGUACGACUUGUCUGAAAAUGUAGAUCAGCGUCUGGAGUGGCAGUCGACGGACGCCCACAGAGAGCUGUGUCAGUUGAAGGGCAAAUCGGCGGACGAGUGCCAGAACUACCCGCGCGUGGCAGCACGAGCCCAUGGCAGGCUGCUAGUGUGUGGCACGAACGCGUUCAAACCGCUCUGCCGCCGUUACGACACCACGCGGCACCCCUCCAACCACCGCAUCGAGGAGUUCGACGGCUCCGGCAGAUGUCCCUACGACCCGCAGCACAACUCGACCGCCAUUUACGCCGACGGUCAUUUGUACACCGCAACCGCCGCCGACUUCUCCGGCACGGACCCGCUGAUCUACCGCGAGCCGGUGAGAACCGAGCGAUCCGACCUCCGGUUACUCAACGACCCCUCGUUCGUCGGGGCCGUGGCCUCCACCAGCCACGUGUACUUCUUCUACCGGGAAACCGCGGUGGAAUACAUGAACUGCGGGAAGGCCGUGUACUCAAGAGUCGCCAGGGUUUGUCUGAACGACAAAGGUGGUCCGCACACGUUCAGUGAUCGGUGGACGUCUUUCCUGAAAACGCGACUGAACUGCUCGGUGCCCGGAGAAUACCCUUUCUACUUUGACGAAAUACAGGCAACAACGGAACUUAUCAACGGAGUGUACGGCAGCGGCGGCAGCAGGAACGACAUAAUCUACGCAGUGUUCACGACCCCGCAAAACGCCAUAGGUGGCUCUGCUGUGUGCGCGUUCGCAAUGAGGGACAUAUUAGAGGCGUUCGACGGGCCGUUCAAAGGGCAGGAGGGCAUGAACUCGAACUGGCUGCCGCUGGAGAGGGAGAAGGUGCCGCAGCCGAGACCCGGCUCCUGCGUCGAGGACAGCCGCACGCUGUCCGACUCCGGCGUGAACUUCAUAAAGACGCACCCGCUGAUGGACAAGGCGGUGCCGUCGUUCCUCGCGCGGCCGAUACUCAUCCGCGUGAGCCUGCAGUACCGGUUCUCGGCGAUCGCGGUCCACCCGCAGGUGCAGGCGAUGAACGGGAACAAGUACGACGUGAUGUACGUGGGCACGGACGACGGGCGGGUGAUCAAGGCGGUGAACGUGGCGGCGAACGAGGGCCCGUUCGGCGCGAGCGCGGACGAGUACGGCAAGAGCCCGGUGCGCACGGCCGUCGUGUCGGAGGCGCAGGUGCUGCCGCCCGGCGUGCCCAUCAAGCAGAUGCACGUCGCCCUCACCACCGAGAAGCUGAUCGUGGCCUCGGGCGACAUCAUUAAGGCGGUCACGCUCUCGCACUGCACCAGCGUCCAGUCGUGCAGGGAGUGCAUCGCGUUGCAGGACCCGCACUGCGCGUGGGACUCGAAGCAGCAGCAGUGCACGUGGGUGGGCAACAGGCAGUUCCCCAACCCGGAGCGGUUCCUGCAGAACGUAGAGCACGGAAAGAGCGAGGUCUGCAACAAGCUGCCGGCGCUGUUGCCCAGCGAGCGCCACAACAGGGGCCCGCAGACGAAGAGGCCGCCGCCGACGGAAACGAACCAGCAGCCGCCGGAGGACAUACAGAACGAGAUCCUGAUCGAGGUUGUCGAGACCAACGUCCUGUCCGAGGAGAAAACGCCGAGCAACCAUAAGCACGAAACUGAUCUCCUGACGGUGGAGGCGGCCGACGGCAACAUUUACAGUGCGCAGGCGCUAUUGACCGCCGUGGUGGCGUCAUGCCUCGUCACUCUCAUGCUCGGCUUCGUCAUAGGUUACCUGUUCUCGCGUCGAUUUCGGCACCCGUUUUUUGCCGAUACCUCACCCUUCAAUGAACAACACAAUCAUUUGAACAGACUGAGCCCCCUGGAGACGCCGCUGAACGUGAACUCGGGGUACAUGCCGCCGCGGUCCAAGAACGUGAACAUGGUGGCGAACGUUGGCCCUCUGGCGAAGCAGGACAACCUGCACCUGGAGCUGGGCAAGGACCGGGCCCUCGACCUCAGGAACUCCACAGAGUCCCUCGACAAGGACCUCAAGUGCGGCACGCUGCAGAAGGUCAAAAAGACCUACAUA